UGUCUACACACGCAUCACGGUUAAGUGUUACCCGCGUCAUUGCAAAACUUUUAAAAAUAUCUCGAGUUUAAAGAGUUUGUAUUUCGAACGUGACAGUUUUGUUUCUCUGUGGAGUAGUAUUUUGGAAAAUUGGCGGCAAAUAGGGACGGAAAUUGAGGACAGUAAGAUAAAAUCCAGGACGCGUGUGUAUUAUUGUGAGUUAUUGUGUAGUGCAGUGUCCCUUGUUACAACAAUGAGAAGACGCUCGCGCAGCUAGACGAUCCCACGCUUACAUUAUUAUGCAAGUGUAGCUGUGACGUCCGUCGUGCAUUAUAUUGACUUAGUGAGUUGGUAUAUCGCACCAAUGCCGACUGAAUAAGCAAUGGCUUUGGCAAAUUUCACGCUGGCGGCAGCUUCCGCAACAACACCAGCGCUUGUAACCACUUCCUCGACACCGUUGCGUGUCGAUCUUGACGACUUGCUCUAUUCUCCUGAAGUACAACAAUCCGACUACCCACUAUCUCCAAAUGAACCUUUUACGCCACCAGCUAAUCAACAAAAGCGAUCGAAGCUUCGAAAACGAGCCGGUUCCGCCUACCUUCCACCCCCAAACCAGUUUACACAUUACCCACACAAUGACGUCCCACAUAAUCCAUACAAUGGUCAACUGCACUCACAGGUAUAUCAACAGAACACAAGACUUGACAUACAGAUAGAAAAUCAACGAGUGCAACAAGUGAAUCGAUUCGAUAACACGGGACAGUACAUUCAUGAUCCUAGUGGCGAUUACGAUUAUGAACAGAGGAGACUUAAUCAAAAUGGGCAACACCCUUCCUACAAUCCGGGUUAUGCGGACUCGCCAUAUACGACUGUGACAACGUCAGCCCCCCCUUCUAGUCGAAGAUUCGAUGUAAAUUCGAACCAAAAUGUUAAUAACUAUAAUUAUAUGAAUAGACCUGUCACUACGGCAGCUCCGUUGCCGCAGAGACCGAACAAUGAAGGUGAAACAAAAACGGGAAGUAUUAGUGGUAGCAUUGGACAAACACCACCCGAACGACCUCGAGGUUUUACGAAAGUGGAAAGUGGCAGCCCCGGCGGGAAAACGCAACUCCACGCCGUUCUUGACUACGAUGAUGAUUACUAUGAUGAUGUUCCUGGACCUGUUUCAGAUUCAGGUCAGCCAGCUAUAACACCACUUCAAGGGCCUAUACUUGUCAGAAAUGGGACAGUACCGGUAGUUCCCCUCACGUCGUAUCCAACGGUUGCCAAUGGAUCCUUCUACCAAAUACCGAUCUUGUGGACUGCGCUCUCCGUGGCACUGGGUUACGAGUUACAAGGUCAAGUUGUCAGAGGCAUACCAUGCGUCAAACGAAACUACCAGCUCUACUGUCCGACUGCUGGCAGUGCAUACCCUUUAGAUAAAAUCGAGAACUUCAUAGACGAGAACAAAGCACUAAUAAAACGUAUGUACGGUACAUUCACGACCCCUGGUGGAAGCAGGGUGCGUCGAGCGCCCGGUGUACCAGACCUACAUUCCGGCGACUCGUUCUUUCGUCACGUUCGGCAGACUAAUACACCGCUCCCGCCUGAUGCACAGAAUGUAAAUGCUACAGACAGAGUAGACGCCUGUGAAAGCAAGACGACGAUCACUACACCGUACUGGGCAAUGAACUCUGCUAGCAAGUUACGGGCUAUCGUCAACACUAUGCACUUUGAACAAGCCAUCCAUCAAGAAGUAUGCAGUAAAACAACAACGUCUCGUUGCUCAGGCGAUUGUGGAUGUGAACAGAAGUACAAAUGGCACCGUCUCUUGGCCUACGAUCCAAAUAACGACUGUAUGGGUAUAUUUAUGGACUGGUUCCUAUUUCCAUCAUGUUGUGUAUGCAGAUGUAAUCCUUGAGACUAAAAUUUUCACCCAUAAUUGUUUUCCUUAAUUACCAUAAACCAUUUUUAUAAUACUGUGACUGUUUAAUUGAAUAUUUACUAUGAUGGCAAGAUCUUUGUUAUAUUUAACGACUUUUUUAUAAUUUAAAUGGAUUCCGUAUUAAGCAUACUUUUAUUUUUAACCAGUUCUCUCAGGAAUGUAAGAUAAUGUAUUUGGUACGACUUAAAACGGAUGGAAUAACCAUGUUAAGUUUCGUCUUGGAAUUUAGUAAAAAAAACUUUUUUGAACAUUUGGUAACAUUCUAGACAAUUAAUAUAUUUUAAUAGUAUAUUUACUUCCUAUGCUUUACGGUUUACGGCGUCUUAAGGCCAAAUGCACUUCAGUUUUCUUUUCCUAUAUGUACGGAGGCUUCAAAUCAUAAGUAUUAAAUAGAAAAAUAUACUCCUAAUGAAGAUUUACUUUUUAAAUUACCUUAGUAUUACUACUUUAAGGGUCAUCGUACAUUUAGAGCAGACAUCGCCUAAUCAGCACAGAUAACUUCAUGUCAAGGAGAGGAAAGGAUAACUAGAGAAUAGCGUGCUAUUCACCGGUUUUUUUAUUAGACAUUUAAUUGCAUGACAUGACAUGUAACGUACCAUACUUCAAUUUUUUUAACUCGAUUAGGCGAAGCUUGCGAAACGCGUUAAAUGUACGAUGACCCUAAACCAAUUAAGAAUGUGUGGAGUGUAGGUAUUCCUACGCUAUUUUAUAAGCAUUGUAUAAUACAUGUAAUUGUUGUAAUCAAUAUUUCACUUCAUGUAAUUUGCAAUAACUUAUUUAAUAUUUUAACAUUAAGUUACUUUUAGUUAUUUUACUUUAAAUAAAACACUGCCAUUGUACAGUUUGAAUUUUAAAAAAAUGUGUAUAAUAUCUAUGACUAAUGCUAAUAUGAACAUAAAUUACUUGAAAAAAUAGUACUAAAUACAUUGUAAUAAGGAUAUACAUAUAUACAAAAUACAAAGUAUGAAUAUACAUUGAAAAUAUUCAAAUCACAAUACAAUAUAGGUGCAUUGUGAUAAUUGUACUACCUAAAAAAAUGCAUCGCAAAGAAGAGAUUUCCCUUCCUAAAGCUUCUAAAUAUUAUAGGUAAAAUUAUGGGCUCCAAUAACCGUAGUUUAAAGAUUAGGUGGCGCCCAAAAGAAUUCGUCGUUUUUAAUCGAGUUUAUUCCAUAUUAGAAUUGUGCGAGAAAUAUAAACGUGAAUAUUUAAACAAAUUCAAUGUAAUAUAUUAAGAUGUUCUUAUAUACAAAUAUAUUACGAUUAUAUAUAUUAGUUCACUUAAGUUUCUAUAUAUAGAAAUUCUGAAAAUAAAUGAUUUGAUUAUUUGUGGAUUAUUUAUUAAGUAGAGGAUUUCUUUUAAAUUUAAUUUUUCGAAUUGGUGUAAAUCCUGGUAUCGAAUAAAUACUUGGAAAUACUGUUUUCACACAUUCUUAGGGAAUAUGUGAUAAUAAAUAUACAAUAAAAUAUACGAAAUUUGAUUAAGGUCAGAUAUAGUAUAUGAUAUAUAGAUAUAUUAGCAGACACUUAUCAGCAAGGAAUAGCAGUUUUAUUCUGUGCUAUUAAUGCCUUUAAUUUACCUAUAAAAAUUAAUUCAAGAUAUUUUGAUACGAUGCAAAGUAUUAGUCAUACAAAUUAAAUAGUUAUACUUUAAUUUAUAUUAUAAGAUCUA